GCGCAGGGUUUUUUCACACUUUUGUAAACAACAUGGCGAAUUACGGAUUGGCCGACCGAUGAAGCGCUGUGCUCAGCAGCAACCAACCUAAGUUUUUUUUUUAAAUAACCACACAGUGGUUUAUGUCGUACCUAAACGAAGCAACACGACCCACAGAGAGGUUUUAAGAAGACCGUUUGACAACCAAACGGCCCUCUUCAGUCUAUGGGCUCUCAGUCUAGCUCUGGGAUGUCUGGUGGAAGGGGUUCUUCCAGUGGCAACCCAGUUGAUCAGUCAGAAUCGGCAGAACCGAACCAGAGCAGCAACAGCAACCAAGGGCGCAGGACAGCCGACAGGCAGCAAGGAGACAGGCAGUCAACAUCAGAGGAGGACCUUGACUUAGCCGAAGUGCUGGCUUACCUACUGAGGAGGGGCCAGGUCAGACUGGUCCAUGGCAGCGGAGCCACCGGACUGCAGCUGGUCCAGUCAUACGCAGACUCGGAUGAGGACAGCGAUGAAGCCUGGGAGGGUCGGCUGGGUGACCGCUACAAUCCACCGGUGGACAACCAGCCUGACACGCAUGACGUGGACCGCAGUGAGAUCCGAACCCAGAUCCUGCUGGCCACGGCUUCUGGUGCCCUGAGAGGGAAAACAAGUUUCACCCACAUGCUAACAGAGAGGGAGCAAGGAAGAUGUAGAGGCUCAAGUUUUUCCCAUGGAGAGUGCAGUCGCAUCCGUACACACUUCCUGCCAAACUACGUCUCUCACAAGGAUACAUACCAGCAGAAAGCCUUCUGUGGCGUCUACAGCGAGGAUGGCAACAUGUUUCUCUCUGCCUGCCAGGAUCAGAACAUCCGCUUAUAUGACACAAGCAGAGGACGUUUUCUUCUACGGCAAACGGUGAAGGCUCGGGACGUCGGCUGGAGCCUGCUGGACGUCUGCUUCACUCCAGACGCGCAGCACAUGCUCUACUCCAGCUGGUCGGACUACAUUCAUCUGUGCAGUAUCGAUGGGGACAGCGAAAACCACACUGCAUUGGAUCUCAAUCCAGAUGAGAGGAGGUUCUGUGUGUUCUCACUGGCUGCAUCCACAGAUGGCAAAGAGAUCCUGGGAGGAGCAAAUGACGGCUGCCUUUACGUUUUUGAUCUCGACCAGAAUAAAAGAACACUGAAGAUUGAUGCCCACGAGGACGACGUGAACGCGGUGGCGUUUGCCGACAGCUCGUCCCAGCUGCUCUUCUCCGGCAGCGACGACGCGCUGUGCAAAGUGUGGGACAGGAGGACGCUGCGGGAGGAUCGACCGCAGCCUGUCGGACAGCUGGCAGGCCACCGAGACGGCAUCACCUUCAUCCACAGCAAGGGCGACGCACGCUAUCUGAUCAGCAACUCGAAGGACCAGUCCAUCAAGCUCUGGGACAUUAGGAAGUUCUCACCCAAAGAGGGGUUGGCAGCCUCUCGUCUGGCUGUCAUUCAGCAGAAUUGGGAUUACCGCUGGCAGCAGGUUCCCCAAAGAGCCCUGAAGCGACACAAGCUGGCUGGCGACACCUCCGUGAUGACGUACCGCGGCCACGGCGUUCUGCACACCCUCAUCCGCUGCCGCUUCUCGCCCGAGUUCAGCACGGGCCAGAGGUUCAUUUACUCGGGGUGCUCCACCGGCAAGAUCGUAGUUUACGAUGUGCUGACGGGCAACGUGGUUACCAGACUGUCGGGCCAUGACGCCUGUGUGAGGGACAUCACUUGGCACCCGUACGAAGACAACAUCAUCAGUACCUCUUGGGACGGAGGCGUGCGAAUGUGGGAGCACAGACAAACUCACCCUCUGGAGGAGGAGCGGGAGAGAGAUUGACGGCUCAGAGGCUGCAAGAGACUGAGAGACGCGCCGGUGACGUUGCAGAAAGUGCAAGAAUUCGGCCCCGAACAGAGGGAAGUCCACUCACUCAGGCCUUUAGAAGAGACUUAAAUAUCUUUCAAUUUCACUGCUGGGUGUAAUGAUUACAAAUUGUAGAUUGAAUGGCUAUAAGUGGGGUGCUACCAAGAGACACAAGGCACUCUUGCAGCCAAAUAUUCUAUAUUUGGCCUUAAAAUCUAAGGACUGCAUUUUACUUCACAAGCUUUUCCAAACCGUAUUUGAACAUGGCAGGGAGGAGGUGACAGGCAAUUGUGUAUAAAUGUAUAGUAUUUUAAUGGUACAGUACGUGCUUUCAGGGAGUGUUUAGAUAGUUUGUUGAAAGGACGUCAGCUCUAGUUCUGCUUUCAGGGGCCAAAAUACGCAAAAAAAACAUCAACAGUCCUCUCACCAGUCAUCCCUGAAAUGGAUUUCUCUGAGUGCAUAGAUUGUGUUGUGAUGCUGAGAUGACUCAAAAUUAGGAGUUAAUUAUAAAGGACACUUUAUUAUAAUAACGCAAUUUAAUAAAUGGAAUGUGUGUAAUAAUUCUGUCAAAAUAUGAUGAAAUGUGUGUGUGUGCGCGCGCGUGUGUAUGAAAACCUACAAAUUGAUCUGCUUUUGCAAUUUUCUUGGACUUGUAUCACAGCCCAUAUUUCACUAUAAAACAAUUUCACAGUAACAUUAAAACCUUUAAAUGUGUCUCUGCACUUGAUUAAUGGGCUUUCUUGAUAAUUGAAUGACGUGCAGCCCACAUGGAAGGGUCUUUCCAAACAUUCACAAGCCGGCAGGAUACAUCUAAAAUGAUGCACAACAUGUUGAAAAUAUUCCUUUAAAGGUCCCAUAUUAUACUGUUUUUAAAACAAUUUUAACUCUGAGGUGCCACAAUAGUGUUUUGGAAGUGUGCGGAUGUAGCCUUGAUGCUAGGACACCUAGAGCAGGGGUGUCUAAACGUUUCCCAACGAGGGCUGCAUACGGUAAAAUCAAAGAACAGGGGGGCCACUUGGAUAGUUUACAUUUUUUAAACCAACUCUUGUAGAUAUGCUAGCAAGUUUUAAGAAGUUGUAUAUAUUUAAAUAAAAAACAUCUUAGCUUUGUGUUAUAAGUUAUUACUUUUGCUCCACAACUCGUUUUUCCAUUUUACAAAUAUUGCAACUGUCUUUUUUUAUUUUUUCCC